UGUUUAGCUACAUCAACGGCACCAGAGUAAACACUACAGGGGGAAAGUUGAACAAGGACAGCAUGGUUCAGACUGCAAAGCUGCUUUCGGACACUGUGCCUUCAGUCCGCAGGCAAUCUACUGUUGGUGAUGACAUGAGGUCAUUCAGAGCGGACACAACUACUGUUGGUAAGACCAAUCUGGAAUCGUCGUCUCAAAGGUAUAGUCCCAAGCAGCAUGCAACAGCUGCCGCAAAUUCAUCUAAUUUCACUGUGCCUUCAGUCCGCAGGAAAUCUACUUUUGGUGGUGUCAUGGCUUUCAGCGGACACAACAACUGUUGGCAAGACGAAUCUAGAAUCGUCAUCUCAAAGGGAUAUUACGUUCAAGCAUGCCACAGCAACUGCUGCCACAAGUUCGUCUGAGGGUAGAAUCUUUUCAACUCAAGCGCCCGAGCCACAACCAGAAGUCGCAGAUGUCCCUCAUGGGAAGGAUUUCUUUAUCGUCAAAGACCUGGACAUGAAGCGAGUGUACAUCUACACUCUACCAAACAAUACGUACUUUGGCUAUCAGGAGCUUCGUGUUGACGGGAACGUUACUGCCAUAGAGAUCUGCUUCCCUAACCACACACUACAAUGGUUUUUAUACGAUGGGCGGACUUGUUUCACCAACCACUCGGGAUGGCAGUGCUCAGACAAAGAUAAAGCACUGAGUGAAGCUAAAUUCAUCAAGUGUGACGACAACUUCAUGCUGCUCAUGACUGACACGAAAUUGAGAAGAAAGACGGGCUCAAACAAACCAACAACAAUGGCAACUGUGCGGCGACCGAUUAAUAUGAUGAUUUCAACAAAGGAAAAAUGUGUCUACUGGACAUCAGUGAACGUGGCGUCUCCUCGCAGGCCAUUUCUAUCGAAGAUCACGUAUGAGGGCAAGCCUAAGAUCCCCAAUAAAAGUUAUAUUUCUGACCUCAAGUACAUCAACGCAGAAGCACCAAACUAUCGAGCCGUGAAGCCAUCGACGCCUUGCCCUUUCAAGUUGAAACAGAUCACGGCUUCAUGUUCUGAUUUUGCCGAGUACAGAGACAGACUGUACAUAUUGACACUGUCACGUGGAAUAUAUAUAAUGACCCCUAAACACUUCACAAGACAAGAACUGCCAUAUAAACACAGAAUUACACGUGGCGAGAUACAAGUUGUAGCUGCUAAGGAUAUACGGAAUACUCCACAAAAACAACGCAGCUCUAAAAAAGGAAAGGAGAAAACUGUUGCUAAAAAGGGUCCUUCCUUGUUGGUCAUGGCAGCUGAAAACAAAGCUGUUUACGAGUUCCAGCUGCCAAAACAAAGCAGCGCCAUCCAGAUCAGUUUUCCGAAGAAGAACAAACUUGUUGCUGUCGAAUUUUGCCCAUUUCAUAAUACGCUGAAAUGGGUCGGCAAAAAAAGUGUGUUUUCAUCAUAUCUGGCGGUUAAGGCUCCGAAAAGGUUAAGGGAGGUGUCCUGGCGACGAGGCAAGCUCGUCACUGUAAAGUAUGACAAGAAAGCAAAGCUGAUUUUCUACGUGACAACAAAUGGCAUAAACAGGAUGAAAUGGAAGAGUUCUGAGAAACCUCGGAUCAUUGCGAACAGAAUCAAGCCAAUGCAUGUGGAACUUGACGAAGAUAAAAGCCGGGCUGGUGGCCCAUAA